UUUCCUCCUCUUGGAUACGCUUCCCCAAGCUGCCGCUGUGAUUGGACGAGCUCCCUUUGGGUGUCACUGGGGCAACCGAAUGAUGGGAAUUUUAACACAUGAACGGAAACGCAGCCGCUGAAUGUGACUGGUUGCCUCCGUCCGGCUCCCAUUCAGACACUAGUGAGGUAUGCAGGGAGCGGAGGAGCCCGUUGGACUGUUCGCACAUCCGUCUGACAGGAGGGAGGGUCCGCACGCUUUUUCCCCUUUUUUUUGCCUCGGUACGGGAGCCGAGCGGGGACCAGCUGGUUACGCUGCGGCCGUGGGUCUCCACCCGAGAGUAUGGCGGCUGGGAUUGCGCUGGAGAGCCAGGGAGAGACGGAGACAUGCCAGAGAUGGUGAAAAAGAAACAAAGAGGCGCAAGUUCUUUAAUGAAGUGUCGCGACAGUUUUAGUUGGCGCUGCUUUCCUGAAGGGGGCUCCUGCUUGACUAAUCGCGCCUGCAGUUCAUUCUAGGGACUACUAAGCGUUUUUCCAGUGUCCUCGAUGGAGCAAGUUUGUUUUUUAUGAUGCAUAGGCUACAGAGGGGUGAGCUAAGCAGAUGAAAACCCGCACGGUGCACAUCAUCGGGCGAUAUUUGCUUCUUCCCCGUGCACAUUUUGUGGACAAUUUCAUUCCUCGGAUGCACGUAUAGCUGUCAGUGUCUGGCCUGCAUGGGGGAAUUUCUACAAUGAAAUCCAUCUUGGGGCACCGACUCUUUGUGCUCUGCCGUAGCUGAGCAGCGGCGAGCAGGACUGUUUUAUUGACAACCCGUUCAAAAUGGGACACGAAUGGUGAUUGUGAUUCGUGCGGGAAUAUUUUGAGUUCGUUUCAAUGACGCGCGGAGACUGAUACCCGAAACUGACUUGAUUUAAUCCACGAUGCGCGAGUAUAAAGUGGUGGUCCUGGGCAGCGGUGGGGUCGGGAAAUCCGCCCUCACUGUGCAGUUUGUUACCGGGACGUUCAUUGAAAAGUACGAUCCCACUAUAGAGGAUUUUUACCGCAAGGAGAUCGAGGUGGACUCCUCGCCCUCGGUGUUGGAGAUCCUUGACACCGCUGGUACCGAGCAGUUCGCCUCCAUGCGGGACCUUUACAUCAAAAACGGGCAAGGAUUCAUACUGGUCUACAGCCUUGUCAACCAGCAAAGCUUCCAGGACAUAAAGCCGAUGAGGGACCAGAUCAUAAGAGUGAAAAGGGCUGGCCUCACAGGCUCUGUAGUUUCAGGAUUGGCCUUGGCCUGGUCUGAGAACUGCUUGAAUGGAGAUGCUCUUCAGACAACAGAACAACACAACAUGCCUGUUGUAUUUCGGUGUACCAGGUCUCACCCACAAUGCUUGUACGAGAAGGUUCCUGUCAUUCUGGUGGGGAACAAGGUGGACCUGGAAAGCGAGAGGGAGGUAUCGUCCAGCGAAGGUCAGGCCCUGGCCGAGGAGUGGGGCUGCCCUUUCAUGGAGACCUCGGCCAAGAGCAAAACCAUGGUAGACGAACUGUUCGCAGAGAUAGUUCGGCAGAUGGACUACGCCGCCCAGCCAGACAAGGAUGACCCCUGCUGCUCCUCUUGCAAUAUACAAUAGCCCCGGGGGCCUCCAGGAACGGGCCAGGCAAAAAGUCUACUUAGAGGCUCGCAGCAGAGAGAUACACACUUAAGAGACACACACACACACACACACACACACACGCCAAUUAAACGGAAGAUAAAUUCACGGUUGAACGCAAUGGAUUUUAACUCUAUGGAGCAUAAAAUCAGCAGUGACAUGAUUCUUAAUAACGACAUUUGAGUCAUGAAUACAUUGUGAAGGAGGAAUGCCAGGAAUUUGCCGCAAGAGAAAUUGACAAAUGACGAUAAGGAGACAUGCCCUCGCCUUAUGUUACUCUCUUUUGUUGUUUGGGUUUGUUUUAAUCCUUUGAGUUGUGGGUGAAAAUCAUCAGCUGAAGAAUCACAAGUCAGGAUCUUUACUCUUUAGGUCGCUCUACAAUCUGCUAUAAAUGAUGAAAAAAAAUUUUCACACAAAACACCAACAUGCUUUUGUUGCCAUGACUCAAGUAGCUACUGUACACAAAUCCAAUAACAGAUUUCUUGGAUCCAGUUGUUUAAAUAUGAAAUGUAUAUUUCAUUUAUAGUAUGUACAAUAUUUUUCCCAGCUUAUUUUGCGCAGUGGUUGGUGAGAGGUUUUUCUACUCAUCACAGGGCUGAACCAAAGAGGUGACCUGAAAGCUCCUCCAUUUUCUUAUAUUUUUCUUCAGUUAAAAAAGGAAUGGAGAGAAAACGGUGGAUAAGUCAGUUUCUUUCUUGAAACAUUGGUGCAGUCAUCUCUUUCCUGUUUUCUCACUUUGAGAUACAGUAGUAAAUAUUGCAGAGUCUUUCACAUAUCGUGUGAUGUUUUGUUUUCCCUCUCUGGGGGACGCUUGACAGCAGAUUGCCGAGUAGUAAUGUAACUAACUGUUUCAUCCUGAUGGGACAAAGGGUUCAUCUUUUUAGUGUUUGAAUAUCUCUACAGACGAUUUUCAGGAAUGGGUGACAUUUAAAGUGAAGAUGCCAACAUUUGUCAUACUUUACAUUUCAUUUUCUCCUCCGGUAUCAAUAUGAAAUGGGGUGCUCAAGUGUUACAACAUACUGAUCCCGUUCUUUAUGUGCUCAGAGUGUUCAAAUCCAUAGUAACAAAUAGUAACGACGACGGCAAUGAUAAGAUUAAUUAAUGGUAGUGUAAAUAUUUUGUAUUGAAGGUGCCAGCUCCUGUGAAGACACUGACUCAACACAUGUGGAAUUGUCAACUGUAUGCAUGGCUAGUAAACAAAAAAAGGACUGUUUAAGUUUAAUAUAGGCUGUGGAAAUGUGCAAACCAAACACAUACACGUCUGGAUCUGGACACUGUCUCAACUGUACAUCUGUGUUGCCACGGGAACCAGACUUUCCCUGAGUAACCAUUUUCAUUGUUGAUUUUAUAUUUUUUUAUGUGACCAUUUACUCUUUAUUCCCUCUCUGAAUGGUGACACUGUUACAUUUGACACCUAAACAAUAAAAGUGCGUUCAACACUUGA